AUGCAUUUUAACUCCAACGCGCAGUCGAAACCGCGGCUGGAUUCCGAGUUGAACGUCCAGGCUCAACUACUGGACGCUUCUGCUGCCAAGCACAAGUUAGCUGUACGACCGAAAAAGAAUCAUCCGAAGAGCAAAACGAAGUCGUAUAAAACUGCUGAUGAAGAAAGGUGGCUAGUGCGCGUUGUGGAGGACGUGGAGGAUGGACAGCUCCGCACGCGGCAGGGCUGGGUGCCCGCGCAGCUGCUUAAAGAGAAGAAACCUGAACGUGACCUGACAGCACUCGCUGCUAGACGACAGGCGGUGGUGCGCGAGUUGAUAGAAACAGAAGAAGAGUUUGGGCGCGACAUACAGCAGGUGGUGUCGCGAUACAUGCGGCCACUGGACAAGGCUACCACGCCCAAACCUGUCUUUGACAACCGGGACCUGCUGUUCUCCAACUUCAAGCAGAUCUGCGAGUUUCACAAUACGUCUCUGUUAGAAGGUAUUAUGUACUACGCGGGGGAGCCACGAAUGCUGGGCCGCGCCCUCUUGCGAAUGGAGCGCGAGUUCGACAAGCACGUGGCCUACUGCCGCGACGAGCCCAGGGCACAACACUUGCUAGCCAACGACCCAGUCGUUACCAAGUACUUCCAGAAUAUUGCAGACAAGCUCGGCGACGAAAAAGGUCUUGCAGAACACCUCAAGCUUCCUAUACAAAGGAUCAACGAUUACCAGCUCCUAUUGAAGGAACUUGUAAAGUAUUCGAAACGUCUCGGCGAAGACUGCACCGAUCUACAGAACGCCCUAGAACUUUUCCUCGGCGUUCCAAACCGUGCCACCGACAACAAGUUCAUAUCAAGCAUCGAGGGAUACCGUGGAAACAUCUACAAACUUGGCCGAUUGCUUACUCACGACUGGUUUACAGUUUCCGUAGCAGAAAAGUCCAGUGAAAGAUACUUGUUUUUGUUCAAAGCUAGAAUCUUGAUCUGCAAAGUUAAGAGGAUCGAAAACGAUAGAUCAGUUUUUAUAUUGAAGCAUAUCAUUAAGCUCCCUGACGUCGAAGUCAAGGACUAUUCAACAGAUAAGCUCAAAUUCGAGCUUCAUCAGAAAUCGCCACCGCUGAUCUUCACUCUCGCGGCGCAUAAGGAGUCAAUUAAGAACAACUGGCUGAAGGAAAUCAGACAGCACUCCAGUGACGUCGUUGCACUAGCUGAACACGCAGCUGACGAUCUUCAGGUAUUAUUACCGGAACAAACAGCAUCGGAAUCGGAAUAUUUGUCCCCAGAACCUGAAGAUAAAAAAAAGAAAAGGCAGCAUACAGAUAAUACCCAAGUGGAAGAAGAAAAUCCGAAUAAGGAAAAGCGAUCUAGGACAGAGGAAGUUCAAGUAGCUGAAAUACUUACAAGAGAAGAAUCUCUUGCAGAGUUGCAAGCAAAGAGAAAAGCAUCCAUAGAAAGUGCUAAAUCGAAAAAAGCGGCUAGGUCCGAAACUCAAGAAGUAUUAUCUACAAGCGAGGCUCACGAAGUGGUAAUUGCAGACAAUACUAAAAUAACAGCUGAACUUGAAAUUCAAUCAUCAUUUGAUAUACAAGAAACAGAGAUUUGUGAAAUUCAAUCCACAACAUCUCUUUCUGAACAAAGUAAAAUAAAAAUAAAAGAAACUGAAGAAGAAAGAGUAGAAUUUAAUUCAAACUUAUCUUCUACUGCUUGUAUAUCAAACAAACAGUCUAACGUUACAUUGAUUGAGGCUGAAAAAGUAGCGAAAGAUAGUAGCAUUGCUUCUGAUGAAAUAAAGAUCGUAGAGACAGAAGGAGUUAGUUCUGCAAUUUUAAAAGCCCAAAUUGAGGUACAAAACGAAGAAAUUUUAAUUGUUCCCUCAGAAGUUUCGAGAGAAGAGCCAAAAGCGGGAAUAUUUGUUCAAGAAGAAACUUCUUCGGUUUCACUAUCGAAGCAGACGAAAGUUACCUUAGAAAGCUCAUCAGGAGAGCAAUCAUCACAAACAUCUUACCAGGUUUUUGCUGAGCAAACACAAGCUGCCAAUCCAAUCUGUAAAAAUAAUAAUCAACAUAAUAAAGAGGAAUCUAUUGAUCAACAACUGCAGAAAGCAACUGAAUCAAAUACAGUUCAGUCUAUUAUUUCGUCAUAUGUGGAACACAGUGACUUCACAACUAAAUUAAAACUAGACACAGAGGAAUCAAUAUCAAACAAAAUAUCGGAAGUUUCUUCGAUUGAAAAAACUAAAUUAACAGCAGCGGAGCAGCCUCUAAUUACAAAAGACAAAUCGACUUUUGAAAACCACGCUCAAUCUACUUUACAAACAUCUUUGCAACAACAAACUGUCGAGGCAGUUAGUACUGAAGUUUUAAAUUCCCAACAACAAGUACUUUCUUCUGAAGAAUUAUAUGAUCAAAAAGAAUAUAUAUCUGUAGAUGAACGUAUUGAGCAACCAGCGUUAACUAUAACCACUGUAGAAUUAUCUGAAGAAGAUAAAAAACAGACAAAUAAUUCAUUAUUUAGUAAAGAAAAAAGUGUGUCAAAAGACCACACUGCUAAUGAAAUUGUUGAAAACACAAAUGAUCAAGCUGCAGUAACAGAAUCACAAAGUAAAGACAGUAAGGAAAUUAAAGUAGAAGAAUUAAGCGAAUCGGGCGCAGAAUCACGAGAAGAAUUUGUUACAAAUAGUCAAACUGUAACCGCACAAGAAAACGUUGAAGACGAGAUGACGUCGAGGUACAAUAGUCGUAGUUCGAGGUUGUCUGGAGAAUAUUCCAGCAGCACCCGAAAGUCUAGUAGUGGUCGGUAUGAAUCAUCUACUGGGACGAGCCUAUCAUCUUACUCCAGACGUGAAAGUGGUGCUAGAAUAGAGAGUAGUAAAUAUGAGACAAGCGGCAACAUUGAAGGAAUUAGUUCUUCCAAAUACGAGUCUAAGUAUUCGAGCGCAGGCGCCCGGAUAGAAGGAGGUAAUACCUAUGGCGUCGAAUCUAGCUAUGAAAGUAAAGCAGAAGGAGGAUCAAAAUAUGCUCUUGAAUCUAAUUAUGAAUCUUCAAAUAAAAUCGAUAGCAUUGCAUCAAAAUAUGGUAUAGACACUAAUGGGAAAAUUGAACGUCGCUCCUCAAAGUACAGCAUGCAGAGCAGCUAUGACGGAGAGAAGAUUGAAAGCGGAGACAAACUUGAAUCAUCCAUGGAGGCAACUAGUAAAAUAGAUAGUAUCGCUUUAAAAUAUGGACGAGAUAUCAAUGGAAGGGCUGAAGGCCGUUCAACGAGACUUAGCAUUGAUGCGGGUUAUGAUGGCGAAAAUAUUGAAAGCGGUACUAGAAUCGAAUCUGAUUACCAGAAAUCAAAAAAAGGAGAGUCUAUUUACGAAAGAAAAUAUUCCAAAACUGCUUUAUCUAACGGUUCAGUGACUGGAGAAUAUGAAUCAACAAAGUCUGUCUCAAAAUCUGAAAAUUUAGAUGGGAAACCUAUUUUCUCCAAGACCCUCGAAGGACAGAACAUCGAGCCGGGUGAGAACGCGGCGUUUGAAUGCGCUCUUCUCGAAUCUGAUGAUGUGAAAGUGACUUGGCUCAAGGACAACAAACCUUUAACCGACCGGCUGAUGGACCGCUGCUCCAUAACAUCGAUCGAAGGCAGCUACAAGUUGCUUCUGAUGCACUGCAGGGAAGACGACGCAGGCACCUACACGGCUAUUGCAGAGAACGUAAAAGGCAAUGCCCAUUGCACAGCUCAGUUAGUCGUUCAAGAGCUAACACCAGAAGAAAGAAAAGAAAGGAACGCACUUAAUGCGCCCUACUUUUUGGUGGCGCUGAAGGAUACUGAAAUUUUGCAAAACACUUACCUACGCUUUAUGGUCCGGGUCAAGGGUGAUCCCAACCCAACUGUUAAAUUCUAUCGGGACGGCAAAGAGAUCGUCGCCUCGUCGGAGAGCGACCGCGUAUCCAUUGUCCGCACUCACGCUGACAAGGGCUAUUACGAACUGGUGAUAUCUGACGUGAACACAAACGACGCCGGUACAUACUCCUGCCGCGCUAUGAACAUCUACGGCGAUGUUGAGUCCGAAGCUAAGGUCACUGUCGUCGAUGAUAAGAACAUUUUCGGCGAACUGCUGCCUGGUGGGGAGGGCCUACUGGCGAAAGGUGAAAAACCGGCAUUCACUUGGAAGAGGGAUGGACAGCCUUUCGACCCCGAAGAAAGAUUCAAGGUUCUUCUUGGAGAAGACGAGGACUCACUGGCACUGGUAUUCCAACACGUAAAGCCAGAAGAUGCCGGUCUCUAUACAUGUGUCGCUAAAACCAGCACCGGCAACAUCUCAUGUUCCGCUGAACUCACCGUACAAGGCGCAGUGUACGAGCUGCACCGGGAGCCGGAGAAGCCUACGCUGGUGGUGGAGCACCGCGAAGCCGUGGUGGCGGCGGGCGGCUCGGCCGUGCUCGAGCUGCAGUGCAAGGGCUUCCCCAAGCCCAGCGUCACCUUCAAGCACCAAGGCCAGUUGGUGGAGCCCGACACUCGACACAAGUUUCUGUACGAGGAUGAGGAAUCCAUGUCGUUGGUGAUAAAGAACGUGGGCCCGGCCGACGCGGGCGAGUACCAGGUGACGGCCAGCAACGAGCUCGGCGAGGACACCACCACCAUGCACCUCGUCGUCAAGGCCGCACCCAAGAUCAAGAAAAAGAUCGAGAACCAGUCCUGCAUGGUUGGCGACACACAUACCGUGACCAUUGAGGUGGAGGGCACUCCCGCACCAGAAGUCUCGUUCUACAAAGAUGGCGUCGAAAUCAAAAGUUCAGAACGCAUCGUAAUCGUCAAGGAGUCCGAGACGAUAUACAAGAUCACCAUCAAAGAAGCCAAGCUGACCGAUACUGGAUCUUAUUCUGUUGUAGCAAAGAACGAAGUGAACCAGUGCUCGGACUUCUGGCAGUGGCACGUGUCUUCAGCGCCAAAGAUCAUAAAGAAGUUGGGUAGUUCCAAGGUCUGCGAGGAAAAGGAGACUGUUACAUUCAAGAUUGAGACAGAGUCCGACCCAGCACCUACUGUUAAAUGGUUCAAGAACAAGACGGAAUUGACAGAAUCAUCCGCGGUGAAGAUCUCGUCGUCCGGCGAAGCGCACUCUCUGGUCAUCACUUCGGCGGCCCGCGCUGAUGCUGGAGAGUAUUCUUGUGAGGUGCGCAACGCGCACGGGAGCGCGCGGGACGAGUGCGCGCUGCACGUGCGCUGCGCGCCGCAGUUCACGCGCCGCCUGCAGGACGUUACGGCGCGGGAGGGUGACGUUGACGUUGAGUUCACUGUCGACGUCAAUGCCUAUCCCGAGCCCAAAGUACAAUGGUACUUCGGAGACGUGGAGAUAACUGAAAAGAAAUCUGUGUACACCCGCGUGGACAAUGGCAGCACUCAUAAGCUGAUCCUAAAGGAAGUGUCCGCGGAGCUCUCUGGACAGUACAGCUGCAAGGUCUCCAACGAACUAGGCGCCGACUCGUGCCAGGCCACCUUUACUGUCAACAGGAAACCCAGGAUCACCAAGAGCUUGGUAGACAUGACUGUGGACGCUGGCCAGACUCUGAAACUGGAGGUUGAAGUUGAAGGUUGCCCCGAACCCAAGGUCAAAUGGUACAAAGAUGGUAAAGAAGUUACCACUGACGCCAGAAUCAAGAUAGAAAGAGACACUAAGAGGUUAGAGAACUAUAACUUAACAGUUACACUUAUAAAGGAGGAAGAUGGCGGCGAAUAUGAAGUGAGGGCUGAAAAUGAAAUGGGCAGUGUAAGCUCCAAGAGUACUGUCACUAUACACACUAAAGAAGUUCAUUCGAGAUUCAAAAAAGAAACUGUUAUUGAAAAUGAAUUGGAAGGGGAACUUAAAGAACAACAUGUAGUAAAUGUAGUAGAUGAAAAAGACAAAAAAUCAGCAACUAAACAUAAUACAGAGCCAGAAACAGUUGAAGAAAAACCUGUCGAUGAUACCCUGAAACAGAUUGAGGUUAAAGAAAUAGAUCUACCUAAUGCUGAGUGUGGUAAGAAAUCAUUAACAGAACCGCAAGAAAUAGAAGAAAAAUCAUUUUGGGAUGACGUUGAUGAUGGUUUUGAAAUAAAAAAACCAAAAGUUGAUUACAAUGAAACCAUUUCCAGUAAAUCAAGAAAAUCAUUUUCGGAACCAGAAAUAGCUGAGGAAAAAUCUCUUUGGGAUGAUAAUCGAAAAGAGCAAAACCAAAAUGCUAUAGUAGAUGAGAUAAAUGAAGUACCACAAAAAGGUAGAAAAUCCUUUUCCGAGCCAGAAAACUCCCAAGAAGAAUCAAUGGGUGACAACGAUAAAGAAAAAGUAAAAAGAGUGAGAGUUGAAGAUAUUAAUCGAGAACCAGAAAGAUCUGAAAAAUCAUUUUCACAACCUGAAGCUUUAGAAGAGAAAAAUCUAUGGGAUGAAAUAAAUGAAAAUGAACGAAUAAAAAAGGUUGAAGUUAACGAUUCAACAGAGAUGCCAGUCAAACCCAGAAAAUCAUUUUCGGAGCCAGAUUCAAUGGAAGAAAAAUCUAUAUGGGAUGAUAAGCAAGGUGAACAAAUCCAAACGCCUAUUUUUAAAGAUGUCGAAACCAAAAUGGAUCAAGGUAAAAGGGCGGUAACCGAGCCAGAAGUUAUCAAAGAAAUUAAAAUUGAUGAUGACUUGAAGACUUCAAAGCGUAAAUCAGUUAAAAGACAGUCUCUUAAAGAAGAACCACUAAGUGCUGAAACUGAAGGCCGAGUGUUCGAAACAAUAACCACGUUCAAGACAGGCGACGGCGGGUCUAUUAUUGUAUCUAAAGUCAGCAGCUCUCGUUCUCACGGCGCUAUUAUCACAGGUCCAGCUGAAACACACACUUUGCAUAAAAUGACGUCAAAAUAUUACGAUUAUGAUGAUGAGUGUACCAAAAAAAUUAUUCUACCAAAUAAGCCGCACACCACUUCGUUAGAAGUGGAAGAAAUAGCUAGCCAUAGCUAUUUCUUAACUGAACAUGGCUAUUACACCGUGCCAGAUCAUGUAAGAAGGGGCACUUAUGGUAUUAUUGAAGAACCACAGACUGACUCAGAUGCUGAUAGCAUAAAAUAUGGAAAACGUACCGCUAAUAGAACUAUCUCCAUACAUUCCGUAUCUGAAGAUGAAAACAGCUGGCAAAAUGAGCCACUAUCCAGAGAAAUAUCAAUAGAAGACUUGUCAAAAUCAAUUUUUGAAAUAGAUGAAACUCACAAAGUCUUCAGCAAAGAUUCGUACGUUCGUCAAUCUUCAUUCACAGAAGACUAUUUUACUAACGAUGGUGAAGAAGAGUCAAUUAUAUUAAAAGAAAAACGCGAAAAAAUUUUCGAAAACGAUAUUACAGAGAAACUUAUACACAUUUCUAAAGAAUUUGAUGAAACAGAUAUUAAGAGUGUGGGAAACAAACUUGAUGAAGUUAAAAACCGCCUUAUUGAGGAACUAGUUAUCGGGCAUGUGGAAAAUCUUGACAAUGUUACAAAGGACAUAGCUGAGACAACUGUAGAGAGGAAAACGAAGCACGGUGCUAAACUGUUUAUUGUGGAAGAGGAUGAAGAUGGGGAAAUGGAAGCGCUGUUAAGACGUAGUCAAAGACAGAGAAGCAUAUUAGACGAUAUCUUAAAUCAAGAAGAUGCGAAAGCACCACCUAAACUCAAAGAGAGCAGCAUGAAAGACAGCAAUGUGUUCGAAUCUCUACCUUUGGUAUUUACGGUUGAAGCCUGUGGUUCACCGAAGCCCACAGUUCGCUGGCUCCACGAUGGCAAGGAAGUCAAGCCUGACGCCAGGGUCCACUUGAUUAAUGAAGGCGAUUUAUACAAACUGGAGAUUGAUAAGGCGGAAAUGGGAGACGCUGGCAAGUGGCAAUGUGAAAUCAGUAACAAUCUCGGAAAAGAUGUUCUUCAGGCAGAAGUCACCGUAAAACCGGAAAGUGAGCUCCGCAAGCCGAUCUUCAAGGUACCCCUGGAAGCCCAGCGUGUGAUGCAGAGAGAACCAGUGACCCUGAAGGCGGUGUGCACGGCGGACCCGCUGCCGCACGUGGCCUGGCUGCUCAACGGCAACGAGCUCACUCCAGAUGCCACACUCCUCAUGCAGGCUGAUACCGAGGAUAUCGAUCACGGACUAAAGCAGUGCACCUUCACUCUGCACAUUCCUACCGGUCGCCACGCGGAUACGGGCGUGUACACGAUUCAAGCGAAAAAUAAAUACGGAGUUGGGGAGAGUUCGGCGCGCUUGGACAUCCUCCUGCGACCCGAGAUCGAAGGGUUGAAGGACGUUAACGCGAUGCCCUAUGAGGAGACCACGUUUAUUGCUAAGAUACAGGCCAACCCCAUUGCUGAGGUCCAGUGGAGCAAGGAUGGCUAUGUUAUAAAGCCAUCGUCUCGAUUCGACAUAGAAGAAGAUAAGGCUUCGGAGACUCACAAACUGGUGGUCAAGAAAGUGACUGUAGAAGAUGCGGGAGUUUACUCUGUUACCGCCAAGAAUGAGCUUGGUGAAGCUUCACAACAAGCUAAACUCACUGUGCAUACUGACAAGCCGAAAUUCACGAAGCCCCUACAAAAGGAGACGGUGAAGGACUACGACGACUGCACAUUGAAAGUGCGCUGCGAUGGCGUACCAAAACCCGAAGUGCACUGGUACGUGAACGACAAGGAAGUGAAGAACGACGAGCGACACACCAUCACCACUGAAAUUGGAGGGCAAGUCGAUAGCGAGCUUGAGAUCAAGCACUUUAAUUCGACUGAUGCUGGAAAGUACAAAGUUCGCGCUGUCAAUUUAUCUGGUGAAGCAGAAUGCGAAGCGCAGAUCUCCCUGGCACAAACAUCACCCGGUUUCGCUCACAAGCUGGAGCGGCAAAAGGACGUGGAUGAGGGCGAGCCUUUGGAGCUGAAGGCGAAGCUAGAUGGCAGCCCCAUACCAACCGCGAAAUGGUUUAAGGACGGGGCACCUCUUCCACCAGAAGAUACACGUGUCAAACAAACCUCCCUGCCCGAUGGUACUGUGAAGUUGUCCAUUGAACACGUCACCCCCGCCGAUUGCGGUGCUUACAAACUAGUGAUCAGCAACCCUAACGGCGAAAAUUCUGCAAUGUGCGCUGUUGCUGUCAACCCAACGCCCCGCAAGCCCUCAUUCAGUGAACCGUUGGAGGAUGUUAAGACUGUAGUUGGUCAGCCGCUCAAAUUACAGGCUCGUGUGAUGGCAUUCCCUGCUCCUGAGGUCAAGUGGUUCAAAGAUGGUCUGCCAGUUCGUCCAUCCCAAGCAAUUAACUUUAUCAAUCAACCUGGUGGUGUAAUCGGCCUUAGCAUCGACAACUGCAAGCCAGAAGAUGCCGGCUUGUACUCGUUGACCGUCGCAAAUAAAUUGGGCGACGUCGAAUCCAAGGCCAAGGUUGAAGUCACCCAGAAGGAACGUAAGCCCGCGUUUAUCGCCGAGCUAAUGCCCAUCAAGGUUAUUGAAGGGUUCCCCGCUAAGUUGGAAGUCAAAGUUCUGGGUCACCCUCCGCCACUUAUAAAAUGGACACACAACGGCCAGGAAGUGGUUCCGGAUGGAAACCGCAUCCGGGUAGUGACGCAACCGGACGGUAUGUUCGCACUGCUCAUCUCCGAGGUCCAGGAGCCGGAUGCUGGACAGUACGGUGUGAUUGCUGCCAAUGAUAAGGGCGAGACUUCUUGCUCUGCUGAACUUAGCGUUGCCAGUCGCACGGACGACUCGUGUCCGGAAGAGAGGCCCCGCUUCGUGCACGGGCUGCGGGAGACCACCGCUGAUGAAGGGCAGGCGUUGCAGCUGAGCGCGGCGCUGGCCGGCAACCCGGCGCCCGACGUACUCUGGACCAAGGACGGAAGCCCGCUGAUGCCCAGCGAGCGUCUGCUGCUGUCCUGCGAUGGCAAGCGGGUUGGGCUGGAAAUAAAUCCAGUGGAGCUAGCAGACGCAGGAGUUUACUCAGUAAAAUUGACUAACCCCCUGGGUGAAGACAGCAGUGAAGCCAAGGUUAACGUACGCAAGGUCUACCAGCCACCCACCUUCUCGCAGAAGUUCACCGACUUGCAGCAGCUUCCAUCAUUAGAUGCGAAGUUCUCCGCGCGCGUUCACGGCAAGCCCACUCCGGAAGUGUCUUGGUUCAAGAACGGACAACCACUGUCACCAUCCGACAAGUACGGCAUCAAGCGGGACGGUGAAGCGUGCUGUCUUUACGUGAGGGACCUCAAGCCUGAAGACGCGGGAAGCUAUAAAUGUCUUGCGAAGAAUAAAGAAGGUGAAGCCACCUGCGAAGCGACGCUCGAGGUGGUGGAGAAGAUAGGGCGCCAGCAGCGCGCGGAGCCGCCGUCCUUCCUGAAGCGUAUCGGCGAUGCGGACGUGGUGCGCGGGAUGGCCGCCAAGUUCACCGCCUGCGCCACCGGUUCCCCCGAUCCCGAUGUCGAAUGGUUCCGUAAUGACGAGAAGCUGUUCCCUUGCGAGCGCAUCCGCAUGGACAAGGAGACGACCGGACUGCUGCGACUCAGCAUCAGCGGCGUGGACCAGAGCGACGUGGGCACUUACCGCUGCAGGAUAUUUAACCAACACGGCGAGGACUCCUGUACGGCACAGCUUACUUACGAUACUCUGGAGCCGCUGAGCAGCAAGCGUCCGAUCUCGGAGCAGUACUCGGAGUUCGACAAAAUGAAGAAGACGGGUGUGCCGAUGCCGCUUGGCGACAAGCCCAUCAUCUCGCGCAUGGCCGACCGCCAUCUCACGCUCUCCUGGCGGCCCUCCAUCCCCCACGGGCCGAGGUUCCCCGUCACUUACCAGGUUGAGAUGUGCGAGAUGCCAGACGGUGAUUGGUUCACAGCGCGCACCGGGCUAAGGUCUUGCGUCUGCGACAUCCGGAACCUGGAACCCUUCAGGGACUAUAAGUUCCGCAUUCGAGUCGAGAACAAAUACGGAGUGAGCGAGCCUUCGCCCUACGCUAUCACACACCGCUCCCGCUUGGAGCCCGAGCCGCCGAAAUUCGUGCCCUAUUUGGAGCCCGGCAUCGAUUUCCGUCCGGAGACUUCGCCCUACUUCCCGAAGGACUUCGACAUCGAGCGACCUCCCCACGAUGGAUACGCUCAAGCGCCUCAGUUCCUUAGACAGGAACACGACUCCCAGUAUGGAAUCAAAGGCCACAAUGCCAAUUUGUUCUGGUUUGUCUACGGUUACCCUAAGCCGAAGAUGACGUACCUCUUCAAUGAUGAGCCGAUCGAGAUCGGAGGCAGAUAUGAUUGGAGCUACACCCGCAAUGGACAAGCGACAUUGUUUAUUAACAAGAUGUUGGAACGUGACGUGGGCUGGUACGAGGCCGUGGCCACGAACGAGCACGGACAAGCUCGGCAACGUGUCCGUCUGGAGUUGGCGGAGUACCCGCGGUUCAUCACCAGGCCCGAGGAGACCGUGGCGCUGCAGAGGAGGACCGCAAGGAUCGAGGCCAGGGUCACUGGAGUACCAUUCCCUGAUAUCAAGUGGUACAAGGACUGGCAGCCACUUGCACCCAGUAGUAGAAUUAAGAUGCAAUUUAUUGAGCCGGACACGGUAAUCUUGGUGAUACACGACGUCAUCUUGAAAGACGAAGGACUCUAUUCAAUUUCGGCGCGAAACGUCGCGGGCUCCGUCAGCUCCUCCGCCAUGUUGCAUGUGGAAGAGAGCGAACACGAAUACUCUACCAGAAUCCGCGAGCAUCCACCGCGAGUAAAACCAAGCACGAAGCCGUUUGGAGACUUCUAUGACAUCGGAGACGAACUGGGCCGUGGCGUCCAGGGCGUUGUGUACCACGCAGCUGAAAGACUUACUGGUCGCAACUACGCGGCGAAGAUAAUGCACGGACAUUCCGCCUUGAAGCCGUUCAUGAAGAAUGAAUUGGACAUACUGAACCUGCUCAACGACAGGCAUCUCAUUCGCCUGUAUGACGCGUACGAGCACGAGCACACCCUUGCGCUGGUGCUCGAACUGGCUGCUGGUGGGGAACUGGUCCGCGAUCGACUGCUUAGGAGCCAGGGUUACACAGAAAGGGAGAUAGCGGGUUAUAUACGGCAGUUGCUGCGCGGACUCAAGUACAUGCACGAUAACAACGUCGCACAUCUCGGACUCACGAUCGGUGAGCUGUUGCUCUCGCACGCGGGCAGCGACGAGUUGAAGCUGUGCGACUUCGGUCUCUCGCGCCGCAUCUCACAGAACAAGCUCGCGUCCCUGGACUACGGCAUGCCGGAGUACGUGGCGCCCGAGCUGGCCGGCGGACACGGAGUCUCCUUCCCCGCGGACAUGUGGAGCGUGGGCAUCAUCACUUACAUCCUGCUCAGUGGACACUCUCCCUUCCGCGGCCACCACGACAGGGAGACACUCACCAGGGUGCAAGAAGGCAAGUGGGAGUGGCACGACGAGGAGUGGUGGUCGCGGAUGAGUCGCGAGAGCCGCGACUUCAUCUCGCGGCUGCUGGUGCUGGACUGGCGCGAGCGCAUGCACGUGGAUGCUGCGCUGGCGCAUCCCUGGCUCACCUUCGCCGACAAGAUCUACCACGACGAGUACAUCAUCAGCACCGACCGCCUCAGAAACUACUAUAAUCUAUACCGGGACUGGACCAGCAACGCGCAAUGCAGAACGUGGUUCAGACGUAGACCACUGUCCGGUGCCUUCGAUCAUCCCUCGAAGAUGGUUUACCCUCCUGGCGAAAUUUACACUCCUGAAGGGUCUCCUGAACGGGAUCGCUCUCCUCACGGCCGGCCCGCUCCCGAUCUUAGCAUGCCGCACUGGGAACAUCCCGACUGGGAGGUCUCCGCCAAAUCCGAGAGCCACUACCAGAACGGACCGGACACGUACCUGCUGCAGCUGCGCGACGUGCAGUUCCCGGUGCGGCUACGCGAGUACAUGAAGGUGGCCUGCCUGCGCUCGCCCGCGUACAACAUCGGCCUGCACGACUCCUACGACCCACGGACUCCCAUCAUCCACGAACGUCGCCGCUUCACCGACAUUAUGGACGAGGAGAUCGACGACGAGCGCCGCGAGAGGAUCAACAAUUACGGCUCCGAGAGCUACACCAUCCGCAGACUGAGGCACGAGCUGGGCACCAGACUCGACAGCUAUGCGGAAGCCCAGGCGCUUAUGGAGUCUAAAAAAGACGGCCAGCUGCCCUUCUUCAGAGAGAAGCCCCAAAUCCUCCCCAUCAGAGAAGGCGAGCCCGCUCAACUGUCCUGCUACGCCGUCGGAGACCCUAAACCUACCAUCCAGUGGUUUAAAAAUGACAUGGUCAUCGCUGAAGGUCAACGCAUCAAGAUAAUCGAAGACGACGACGGAAGAUCCACACUGAAACUGGACCCGGCAAUGCACCACGACGUCGGUUUCUACAAAGUAGUAGCGAGAAACAAGGUCGGACAAACCGUCGCUCGCACUAGAAUCGUGGAAGCGACCCACCCUGAUGCUCCAGACAGUCCAACUGCAGCAGAUGUCUCCGACACAGAAGUACUUCUCAGGUGGAAACAGCCGAAAUACGAUGGCAACAGCCCAGUCGUGUGCUACAGCCUCCAAUACAAAGCAGGCGAUAGCGUCGAUUGGAAAACGGUGGCCGAGAACAUCGACCACGAGUUCUUCGUGGUCAGAGACCUGCAACCUGACACCAGCUACCAGUUCAGGCUGUCCUCGCGCAACAGGAUCGGGUGGAGUGAAAAAGGGAUCCCGACAAACUUAGUGAAAACCAAACAAGCGGGUGCUCCAAAGAUCGAGGUCACAAAGGCCAUGAAACAUUUGCAACAGCUGACUGAGUCCGGCCAAGAGAUAGUAUUAGAGGAAGAGAAGCCCAAAUUGGACUACAGUAUCGAGAACAACCCGCUCGACUGGUGUCCCGGCGAAUCGUUCACGGAACGCUACAGUUUCAUAUCGGAGCUAUGGCGCGGAAAGUUCUCUAUUGUCGUGAAGGGCAUAGACAAAACCAACGACAGUGUGGUCGUGGCGAAAAUAUUGGAAUGCCGGCCGGAAACGGAAGUUCAAGUGCAAAGGGAGUUCGAGUGUUUGAGGAGGCUCAGACACGAGAGGAUAUCCAACCUAUUAGGGGCCUACCAGACCCCUGGAACCCCGUACGCAUCAUUGAUUUUAGAAAAGCUUCAGGGCGCUGACAUUCUGACGUACCUCUCCAGUCGUCACGACUACACGGAACAGAUGGUCGCGACCAUAGUUAUCCAGAUAUUGGACGCCCUGCAAUAUUUGCACUGGCGAGGGUACUGCCACCUGGACCUGCAGCCAGAUAACGUGGUGCUGUCGUCCGUCCGCGCGAUCCAGGUGAAGCUAAUCGAUUUUGGAUCGGCGUUCAGGGUCACCAAGCUAGGCACCAGCGUUCCCCAAGUUGGAGAAUUGGAAUACAAAGCACCGGAGGUGAUCAACGACGAGCCAGCCUACCCGCAGACCGAUAUCUGGUCCUUGGGUGUACUAACCUACAUCAUGCUGUCAGGAGUAUCUCCAUUCCGCGGCGCUGAUGACGCGGAGACAAAGCAGAACAUCUCUUUCGUGCGGUAUCGCUUCGAGCACCUUUACAAGGAGAUCACUCAGGAGGCGACCCGUUUCCUGAUGUUCGUGUUCAAGAAGGUGCCUCUGAAGAGGCCGUCAGCCGAGGAGUGCCACGAGCACCGCUGGCUCGCGCAGUCCGACUUCAUACACAAGAAGCGGGAGAGAGCCGUCUUCUUGGGCAACAGGCUAAAGGAAUUCUCUGAGGAGUAUCACGAGAAGAAAGCAAGGGAAGCGUCACAGGCGGACACCGUAGCGACGGCUUUCGGCCAAAUUGCCGCGCGACACCUCACGCGCUCCAACAGCAUCCAGGAGGAGCUGCUCACCAACUUCUCCAGUCAAUGA